AUCUCUUCACGAUCAUCUGCAUCUACAUCACUCCAUCUUCAGACGACAAUGGCUAAACGGACACUGGAAUCCUUCUACAAGCCCAUCAGCAAACCGAAGAAACCGCGCAUUGAGGACAAUCCUCCAUCAUCCUACUCCCGUCAUCCAAGCUAUCCCUUCGCCAUCGCGGAUCUUCCCCCAUCCAUCGCCGACGCGCUCCCAGAUCUCCCAGCCACCACCCCUCGCAGCAUCACCAACCAGCCGCACCUGGAUCUACUCUACUACCAACCUUUUAUCCCGUCAACCACCGCCCAGGAGCUCUUCCACUUCCUCCGUCGCGAACUCCCCUUCUACCGCGUCCAGUACACCAUCCGCCGCGGCCCGACCACCACCCAGAUCACCACCCCGCGUUUCACCACCGUCUUUGGCCAAAUCCCAAACCCCCAUCCCACCCACCAAAUACAAAUCAACCCCCGCCCCAUCCCGCCCUGCCUCGACGCCCUCCGCCAACGCAUCGAGGCCGCUACCAACGGCGCAGCUUACAACUUCUGCCUGGUAAACUACUAUGCCUCAGGGGACGACAGUAUCGCCUACCACUCGGACGACGAGCGCUUCCUCGGCCCGAAUCCGUGCAUCGCGUCGUUGUCGCUCGGCGCGAAGCGGGAUUUCCUCAUGAAGCAUAAGAGCGCUGACGGUGUUGAGGCAGAGCCGGUCAAGUUGGCCUUGGCGGACGGGGAUAUGGUUGUUAUGAGGGGGGAGACGCAGGCGAAUUGGUUGCAUUCGAUUCCGAAGAGAAGAGGUAGCAGGGGAGAGGCGCGCCAGGGGAGGAUUAAUAUUACGUUUCGGAGGGCGGUUGUGCCUGGUGGAACGGAGAAUUAUUAUAGAUGGAGUGAGGAGGAGGGGAGGAUGGUAGAAAUCUCCUAA